AUGAAGUUAUCCGAUGUUUCCGAGUCAGUGAAAACAAACGGUGAAGCUACGGUUCCCUCCGUUCCGGUCAAACCCGUCAAUCAAACCGGUGUCUCUUUCGGCGAUGACAAAGCCGGCGAUGUCAGUUCCGUGAAAUCAGAAGGUGUCUCGGCGGUCUCCUCCGGUUCGAGCAAGUCAAUCGACAAAACCAGUGCUUCUUCCGGCCUCAACAUCGGCGCUAGGGACAAAGCCUGUGUCUCUUCCCGCGAUAAAGGCAAGGCUAUCAUUGGGGAGGCGAUUACCUUCAAAGACGUGACGUUCGGGCCACAUGAAGGCGAGAUACGGUUUCGUCUGAUCCACUUUUGGGAGGCUUGGAAUGUUCAGACGAAGGAAAAUGUUAUCCAGGGUUUCAUCCCUUAUGGAAGGAUUGAGACUUACUUGCAUCACAUGAAGGCCGGUGGUACUUACCAACUCAACAAGUUUUUCGGAUCAAAGAGCAAGCCUAUUUAUCGGGUAGCUGAACCAGAUAUCACCAUUAGCUUCUCAUGGAACUCUGUCCUCUCUGAUCUCGAGGACAAUUAUGUAGGUCACAUCAAACUUGUGAAUGGGCAGGUUCUCAGUGACGGUCCUCUUCUUGAUGAAGCAGAGAUAGCUGCAUCCCGCCGAGUUGAUCUUCAUGUUCAAACACAUGACAAACCCGUGCUGAAGUUGUACCUCUGGGACAAGGCUUCUUUUCAGUUCUGUGAGAAGUUCAAGGCGUCUGGAGGCACUGACCGUGUUAUCUUAGUAACCACCUUAAACCCGAAACGGUUUGGAGGCGUCCUCUCUCUAUCUUCUAUGGCGUCUUCACGGGUAUUUCUAGAUAGUGAUGUCCAAGAAACCCGGUUCUACCUCAGCUGGCUGGACUCGAACUUAGAUGUUGCCAACAGGGUUAAUGCAGAGGUGGUCACCAAGCCUGAGACAGCGACUUUGGGAGACCUCUUCUCCUAUAUGAAUCAGGCAUCCUCUAAGGUUGCUUGGUUUGAGUGCACAUCAACUAUUGAUGAUGUUGUGCACGGUUCUGGGUGGUAUUAUAUAGGCUGCGGUGUGUGCCAUACCAAGGCGACCAAAGGACCUACAACCCUCAUGUGUAGAAAAUGUGGGAAGAGUGAGAUUGAUGGUGUGACGCAGUACUUGUCUAAGCUCUCUGUUUAUGACCAGAAGGAUCAAGCCGUAUUUGUUGUCCUUGGGGAUGCUGGUGAGGAGUUGACUGGAAAGAAAGCUGCUGAGUUGGUUGAAAGAUACUAUCAGGCCAAUGAUAAUGUGGGAGAGGAUCACAUAGUUCCAGUGCCUCAAGCCAUGAUUGAUGCCAUUGGGCAAACAAGGAAGUUCAUUGUGAAGGUAUCAGAUCACAAUCUGAAUGGCAAGUGCCGGACUUUAACUGUGACAAAGGUGUCCCUCUUGAAGCCCCAGAACCCGUGGUCAAGACAGGAGAGAACGUUGAUGGGGAAUCUGAUAGUGAGGGGGGUGAUCAUUAUAUAA